UCUGGAGGGUCCCACUAUCCAUAUAAAUGUCCACUCUUUUUUUUUUUUUGAAUCCUGCUAAACAAUUGGCCUUGGUGCUGUCUUGUAGCAUGGAGUUCCACAAACUAGCUGUGCACUGGUAGAAAAGUAUUUCCUCUCAGCCAUUUCAGAUGUGCUGUCCUUCAGUUGGAUAUGUCUGUGUUGAGGGCGCCGAGCGUGCUGUGGGGCGGGGUGUAAAUAAAUCUAAAUAAAUAGCAGAGCAGCAGAAGUAUCUCCAAGGCCUGUUUUUUGUUUUGUUUUGUUUUUUAAGCUCACACUGAUCCCAACAUGUGUUUUGGGGCUUGGGGAGAUAAGGCAUGAAAAUGGAGACGCAAGCACUCUCUCUAUCUGGCGUUGUUUUGGUUGGCAGCGGGAAUGGCAUGUCGAACGAAGACAGCAGGAGGAGGAGAUUUACUGAAAUAAGACAGAAAGGCCCACAAGAGGAAGGAGUGAUUUCAUGUUGGACACUAGCUAGACCAUUCACUGGAGCUCUCCCUGCCCUGGGCUUUGGACUACAUUCAGCCAGCCAGCCAGAGGGGAGUAUCCAGCCCGAGCAAACCAACUCGUCCCAUCACGUCCUGCUGAGAACCGCAUGGCUGUUCACUCACGUCAGGUGUUCAAGCUUUUCAUCACACCCACGAGGCCUAGAACGACAAUGGAAGCUGUGUGUAGCUGGCAUGAAGUGACUGUGAUGUGCCUACUGCUGCUCUCGGCUCUCUGGCUGCCUGGCGGUGAGAGCUACAAUACUGAUCUGAAGAAGCCCCGUCGCCGAAUGGAAGAGGCUGCCCUCCGUCCCAAGAGAAGCCCGAGAUUCUGCUUUCCGAACCCAUGUAAGCACCAGGGAGUCUGCCGGGUAGUUGAGGAGAAGCCAAACUGUACCUGCAAGGCUGGUUUCACUGGGACAUUCUGCCAAGAUGUGGUGCUGAAACUGCAGUGUGAGGAAGAUCACAUGAAGAUGAUGGUGAGAAAGGAAGCGUUCGAAGUGUUGAAAAUCCCCUUGGCACGGGUCCACUUGAAGAAUGGUGCUUGCAAGGUCUCCGAAAAGGAGGAAGAUGGAGCAAUCUUCUUUGCAGCCAGUCUCACUGGCGAGAACCAUACCCUGUGUGGGUCAGUGAUUCAGCAAAACAGGUCACACGUGUCUUACGCCAACGUGAUGGAGUCAGACAUGGAGGCUACGGGCGUGAUCUCCAGAAGCAGCCUUGUGCGAGUGCACUUCUCCUGCAUCUACUCCUACGAGCGGGUGGUCCAGCUGCCCUUCUCCCUUACUGCCAUCGACACGCUGGUGAAGUUCGUGGUCAAAGAGGGGGAGUUCAACGUGACCAUGGCCUUGUACGAGACCUCCGCUUACCUGCAGCCCUACCGGCAGCAGCCCCCGGCCCUCCCCCUGUCGGAGUUCCUCUACAUCCUGCUGCAGCUGGAAGGGCAGAGCCAGGUGCGGUACUUCCUGCUGAGCCUCGAGGACUGUUGGGCCACCCCGUCAGCAGAUCCCAGCCAUGACGUGCAGCACCAGCUCAUCGUGAAGGGGUGUCCCCGUGAUGAGACCGUGAUGUACAUCAAUGAUAUCGGAAACAGCACCAUGGCAAAGUUCAGCUUCCAGAUGUUCCAAUUCAUCAACUACUCGGAGGUGUUUCUGCACUGCCGAGUCCGCCUGUGCCUCCCUGAUGGCCCCGAGCCCUGUGCAAAGCAAUGUCCCAGGAAGACGAAAAGCAAAAGGGCACUUGAGGAGGACUACAAGAAGAUUGUCUCUUAUGGACCCAUCCAUCUCCUCGCCUCUCCCCUUUCUGGAGCACGGAGUGCUGAGUCGGGGACAAAACUGCAGGACCUUUGGGGGCCACACCUGUGGAUUCCUGGUGCCCUGGUAACGCUGAUCAUAGCCGGCCUCUUUGUUCUGGUUGCUAUCGCUAAAGCCAUGAAGAAAUGAGUGAUAUCAAGAGAGCAUAAUUUCUAAAUAAACCUGCCACUUGC